ACUAGACUCGGUAUCAUUACGACGAAUACGGCAAUAGAAACGAUGAACUUGCAUGAUACUUGAAGGGAAUAUACAAUUAGCUUUAUCUUGGCUGCAGUAGCCCUUUCAUUUGAUACCUGUCGUUUUCUGUACUCAACACCAAUUUACCAGACAAAGAAGACUGUGGGGAGACAUUCAUCGCCCCCCCCCCUCAAAGGUUGUCUUUAAACCUUUCUGUUCUUUUUUUUUUAAGAACCUUGUUGGUUUGAUAUUUUUGGCAGUAGUGGACUGAUAUACCGAACAGCAAAGUGGAUUUAACGGGACCGUCGCCGCUGUCCACCUUAUCUCCAAGAUGCUAAUGGUGUCUCCGCGGUUACCAGUCGACACACCUCGCAUGGAGCCCGUACUGUCUGGAUCACUGAAGAGGAGGCUGACUGCGACCGAGGGGGCCUACCAGGGAGGUUUACGGCAGGGCCAAGGGCCCGGUAACGGCCCAGGUCUGGGCCCCGGUUCAGGUCUUGGUCUGAGCGGUACCGCCUACGGUACCUCCAUGACCCAGGGUCCUGGGGUGCCCGCCAAGCGACUCUGCCUGGAGGAUGUGACCCUCGCCAUGGGUAGCAGCUUCCAGCAGAGUCCUUACUCUGGAGGACAGAGUUCUGGAGGUCAUGGGGGUCCUGGAAGUCAGGGAUCACUGGAAGGUAACAGGCUGGGGAACGGUAACCACGGGCUGGGGUCGCCUUACUCAAUGCCCCCUAAGGCGAGUCCAGGGUCUGCGGGUGUUGGUGGAGGACAUUUUCACCCCAAUGGAAGCUCCUCGUCGGCCCCAUCGGUUGAGCAGGAGCUGCAAGAUAUUCUGGAUGAACUGACUAAGAACCCGGAUCCGUCGUUGACGGAGUUGGAUCUUGACAAGAUACUGGGGAAUAAAGAGGAGCAGAAUCAGAAUCAAGGGCAUGGGCCGGGGUAUAUCCACCCACACUCGCCCAAACGCUCCCCCCAGAGACCCACCUCUCACCUGGAGAGCCACCUCACCCGUUCCCCAGGCUUUCCCCAGGCCGGGUCUCCCCAAGUAGGCCCGAGUCCGGCUGGAGCUCCCUACUCCAUCCCCCACCCCUCCAAACCAGUCCCCUCACCCCUAUCGGCCUCUCCUCAUCACUCCUCUUCAUCCCAGAAUCAAGCUCGUUCUCCAAUGCUCUCAGCCGCCCUUUCGUCUCGACCCGGUUCCACGUGGCACGAAGUAUCGCGAGCCCAACAGCUCCAGCAAAUGGCAUCCAACUCCAACAAACACCUUUCUUCUAACACCCCUAUCCAGCAGAACCAGUCCCAGAACCAGACCCAGGCCUCUAUCCCUCCUCUAUCCCAGCAAGGCUCACCCUGGGGCGGCCAGAAACUGCCCAACCUCCCCAACUCCUCCCCACUCCACCAGCAACCAUUCAGCCCGGCUGGAAGCAUCCAGAGCCCCCAGGGAUCGCUGAGUCUCCCAUCCGCUGGUCCUUCACCACCCUACCACCCAGAGAAGCUAGGCAGUCCGGCUAUCGCCCAACCCCCCUUCAGCCCACAGAGUACCCUCCUACCUGGAGGAACGACCACCACAUCCAACACUUCAUCCAACAUCCAGGGGUCCCAGGCCAACUACAUGCCCAGCGGAGUUGCACCGACAUCGGGGGCCACAAGGCCCUCGCCCCCCUACAGGACGGACAAGCCCCAUGUUAGUCCGUUGCUUCAACCCCAGCCUCAACCUCAACCCCAGAACCAACCCCAGACCCAACAUCCACAUCCAUACAGCACCCAGAACGGGUCAGGACCAAACAACAAUAUGUCUAGCCAGCUCUACAAAGCCAUGACUGCAGGUCAACCCAGCAGCCUCAAGCUACUAAUGCAACAACAACAACAACAGCAACAGUCGAACACACAGCAGCUACAGACUAACGCCCAGAUAGGACAACACCCGUCCAUGUCCAAACCAGGCAGUGGUGGCAGUGUACCCCACCAAGAACCGCCGUACUCCUUCACUAACACCAAACCCCUUCGCCACUUUGACCCCAACCCGGACCACCAUGGAGGACAGCAGCAGAAGAUGGGGGGAGGGGGACCACCUGGACAGGGACCCCCCAACCCCAUGGCAGGUUAUCGGGGAAUGCAGCAUGGGGGUGCUGCCGGAACAGCAGCAUCUGUAGCAGCGAACCACGCCCAUUUACUACAGCAGAGGAUGCAGCAGAUGGCAGCGAUGCAACAGGCCACAGCAGGAGCCUUGGGAGGGCCACAACACUGUAGAGAGGAGCAGAUCCCAGGUCUUCAGGACCCAUCUGUCCCCCGUUCAACCCAGACCAACUACAACAACCUGCUGCUCAUCAGGAGGCACCUACAACAGGAGCAGAAGAGGCAGAUGGAACAGAUGGCUGAGUGUCAGCAGGGGGCAACAUUUACAGGUGGUGGUCGGCCUCUCCCUCCAGAUUGUGUUGGAGGCGGAGGUUACCCCCUGGGUGUUCCCCAGCUAUCCCACGGUGGUCCCCUCCCAUCUGGGCCCGGCCACCUCUCCCUUCCCCCUGGACAUCCAGGCCACCCAGGCCAACCCGGACCCCCAGGAUCUCUCACCCAAGUGGGCAGGCCGGUGGGCGCCUUCAUGGGUGGUCCUCCAGGCUCCAAGCAGCCCCUCUAUCACCCUUCACAGGGUGGAGAGUUUGUUGGUGCUGGUGGUAUGCCAAUGAGACAACCACAGUUGGCACACGGCAUGAUGGGAAUGGGCGGUCCUGCUGGUCCUCCAAGGCCUGGGAUGCAGCAACAGGUGUCCAGGAUGGGUAUGACAAUCGGGGGGUUGGGGCCCGGGUCAGGGCCUGGGUCGGGGUCUGGUCACCCACAGCAUCUACGACAGGCCCUGCACCAUAGUGGUGGAGGGGCACCACUCCCACGGAUGAUGUUUACCGCUCAGCAAACACACCAACACCAACAGACUGCAAUGUGGCCUCCUCAGCAGCAGGGGGGGCUAGUGAAUUCCAUGCAGCAUCGCAUGCCCUGCAGCGAUGGCCACAUGGACCCGUCGGCUAAUCACCAGCAGUCGCACGGACACAUAUUUCCUGGAGGGGGUGGGGGCGCCAACGGAAGCUGCAACCCGAACCCCAACGCCCAGUUUACCCAGCAGGCAUUGCGGUCGGGGAUGCCCGGAGGCGGGGGUGGUAACAAUUUUGCCCCCCACCAAGGACCUCCAUCGUUACCCUCCAACCAAGGGGUCGUGGUGCCGUCCUUACCCAGGAGACUGAUGCAGAAGCUGGGUGUAUACACGGCAGGGCAGCCCCUACCCUCCAUGGUCCACCAAGGGCUUCAGCCUGGUAUGAGGCCCAGGGGACCCCUCUCGGCCCUGGCUGGAAUGAAACCCAUUCCCCCUGGUAUGAUCCACCACCCAGGCCACGGUAUGGCCCCACCUAGCUAUCCUGCCUCUGGGGCCGUCGUCGCCAAACACCCACACCAACAUCCCCAUCCCCAUGGGCCUGGGUAUGGACCAGGUCAGGGGAACCCUGGACACAAGCUACCCCCGUAUGAGUACACUCAGCGGGGGCAGAGUAAUGGGGGGAUGGGGGGUAGACCUGGUGGUGGUGGAGGAGGGGAGGUAGACUUUAUUGAUACUCUGGUGGGGUCGAAUGAGGACUGGCUCAAUAACCUCACUAUGAUAGACGAGUACCUGGAGCAGAACUCAUAGGAGUGUGGUCAAAGGUUAAAUGUCAGGGGUCAGUAAAUUGACCUCAUUCCUGUAUAGAAACACUGGGGUUAGGAGUGUGACAUGGACAGGGGAUAUAAAGGGUGUAUGAAGGCUUUAUAACUGGUAAUAACAGGUGUGUGUACAUUUCUAGAAGGUUGUAGAAAGUGCCAUGGUUAUACCUAACUUGAAUGGACGGUCUGAGUGAAUGUGAUUGGUUGCUUCAGAGUGAUCGGAGCACUACACAGCCAAUCCGCUGCUGCCACAUAAACCAACCUCCCACCCCAAAAUGGCUACAUUCCCUGCAAGGUGUGCUGUCCCUUAUCGCUGGAGGCCAUAUUGGAAAGAGGGAAUGGACUAAAAACGGAACACAUGGAACACACAGAACCUCAUCAUCACAUGGUUACCUGGGAAACAGAAGCUUCACUCUAAAGAGGAAGCAACAGAGUAGUGGAGUCUCUUUGGUUGUUUCUGUGUCUGAAGCUUGAACAGUGGACUAAUAAAGUUAUUUGAAAUCCUCUCCCUUGGAGGGAUUUCUCCUAUCAAAGGGAUAGGUGUAUAAAACACACUGUGAUUGGAUAAAAUCAAUGUCCUCCAGCAAUGCAAUUGGUCCAAUGUUUUUCAGUGUAUUAUUGUGAUCUGUUUCUAAAAUAGCAGUUGAAUUUGCAACACCAAAUCUGAGGUUUACUUUUGUAUCAAAGUCAUUGAGUGUGAUUUGGAAGCCAAGCUCAAAAACACAACAAUUGCAGAUUAACCAUUUGGAUUAUCUCCUGCUCUCACAUAAGGUCUUUGAGCCAAUCAAAGGUGAAUUAAUAUACAGGGAAAUACAGCCAAUCUCUGAUCAAUUUGGGGUAAUAUAAAUCACUGAUUGGCCAAAGGAACUACAGAGGUGAUCAGCCAAUGUUGCCAUGGCAAUUUGUUAUCACUAGAUCAGUUAUGAGAUCAGUUAUGUGGGGGCUUGUACAUAGUAAACUAUUUUGAUUGGGAUCAGGUGUGUGGGGGCUUGUAAAUAGUAAACUAUUUUGAUUGGGAUCAGGUGUGUGGGGGCUUGUAAAUAGUAAACUAUUUUGAUUGGGAUCAGGUGUGUGGGGGCUUGUAAAUAGUAAACUAUUUUGGUAAACUGUAUCAUACACAAAAGAGAAGUACACAUAUUUAUACUUCUUUUCUGCAGAUUAAAAGUCUUCAGAUUCCCUUUGUACAUAAAUAAUAAAAUAAAAAGAUUGAAAUUAUAGCUCACAAAAUGAAAUCUGUUUUACACUAGAAGAAUCUUAUUUUAAUUUGUUUUAAAUAUGCAAGACAAUACAGUUUGGGUUUUUUCUCAGUAAUACUGUGUAUUACAAUGUUAUGACAUAAUUGUUAUGUUUUUGACAUAACGCGACUCCUUGUGCCCCAAUGGCAAAAGGGUUCUUUUGAAAGGUGAUGGAGAACAUUUACGAACACACACACACCAUCUCUCCAUCUCUCACUCUGGCACUACCCCGCACUCCAUACCUGUGAGGUGAAAGUUGAUAAUCUUGGUCCAUCUACUGUAGUGUAAUAUCUUUGUUCACAGACAAUAUAUCUGUCAAUUUAGACAUUAUCAACAUUUCAUUACAAUCCAAGACUACAAUAUAUUCUGAUCUGUAUGACCUUUUCACAAGGUAAACAACGUGUAAAAUGGAAGGCACUAUCAUAGAAUUAGAAUGAGUAGAACAGGCACACCCAUUCAACUCAAUUGUGCUACUGAGUUCCAAUUCCUUUCGUUUCGUUCUAUUUCUAAUGGCACUUUGCUAUGUAUGCCAUUCCAAUACCCACAACAAUCUACUGUGCCGCACUCUAUAAGAACACAUGUAAAUCGUCUAUAGAGUUGGCUCCUCUCCUUGUCUCCUUUCCUUCAUUCACACUGAUCUGAACAAAAUUACUGGUCGGGUGAAAGCUGGUUUGCUAGUAGGAUUCCGCCAUAUUGCUUUCACCUAUCCUAUUCCUAUCUAUUCACAUUGGUGCUGAUGACAGAGAGGAGACUAGGAGAGUAAGCUUGUUAUGACUAUUAGGAGGCACCCCCAGCAGGGUUUCCCCUACCUUAGGACCACACGGCGAUUUAUAAGCCAUGACAAGGGGUUAAUCGAUUAUCUGUGAUUACAUUUUUGUUCUUGUCUUGAGUUUUUUUAUUUUAUAUAUAUAAUAAACUGUAUAGAUGGGAAAAAAAUAAUGAAAAUAAAUGCCGUCUGGCUUUUUUAUUUCA